UUUAUGGACUGCUUUUGGGAAAUUAAACCUCCGAAAGUAUGUAAAAAUUAUAAACAGAAUUUUUGGAUCAAAAUAUUUAUAAAUCAGGGAACGUGCCGUCACGAUUCACGAUGUUUUGGAAUCCCGAGUUCCAAACUCAUGAAUUUAUCUUUAUGUUUGUAUCAGGGAUAUCUCAGGCUUAAAAAAGUCAGGUAGCGUUUCGGGUCGGAUUUCCAAAAUUUUCCUCGGAUCAUAGGUCGAAAAAAGUCCGGGUUUCGAGUAACUCGAGACAUUCAGGAUCUGUAUGUUUGCUGGUAUACAUAUUUAUAUUUAUUCAGGACUCAAAAUUUUAUCAACGUUUCAUUGUUAAAUUCAAUCUUUCACUGGUUGAUAAUAAAGAUUUUGUUAAUGUUUGUCCUGUAAAUUUUAAAGAAAGACUUGCCUGUCAAAGGUAUUUUUGAUAAAUUAAAAGUUGAAUCAUAAAAAUCAGAAUCAGAAUUAAACAAAAUUAAUAAUAACCCAUCUUUGGAUUGGAUCGUUUUUGUAGAACUAUCAUGA